GAGAGGAACAGAAAACUGAAAAGGAAAGAGCAGUGAGAGAAAAAUAAAACAAAUGUAUUUUGGUGUGAGGAGGACGUUUUGGUUCUUGAGAGCGUCUAAGUUCUCUUCAUGUUAACGAUGUGGGACCCUCUUUCUCUCUCUCAAAUCCAGCUCACCUCCUUUUUCUUCCAAGAAACAACGGCGCUUCUCUUCUCCCUUUCCUUUCAUGGUUUUCUUUUCUGGUUUCUCAUUGUUGGAAAAUGGAGAAUACUCACUCUCUCUAACCCUUCAUAAAGAUUCUCUCUCUCUUUCUCUCCCAAUAAUCUAUUUCUUCUUUCCUUUCGUUUCAACACAAAAGCCUUUUUCAACAAAAAGCCUCCAACUCGCUUUCCUCUUAUAGCAACCCCUCCUCCUCCUCCUUCUUCAUCUUGAUCUUCUUGUCGUUGAACGAUAAAGACGGGUUCUUUUUCAUUUUGGUGUUGUUGGGUGUGUGCUCUUUCUACUUGUUUUUGUUCUCAAUGGUGGUGCACUUAACGUUGUUCUAAAGCAAUGGACUUUGGUGGUACCCAUGGUGGUGGUGGUGAUGGUGGUGGAGAUGGAGUGAUCCUUUGAUGUUUCUAUAACUGAAGUUUUGAUUUUGGUGUUCCACAAAAGGGGUAAGAUCUGAUGUGAAGCUGGAAUAUUUGAUUGCAUUCAAGGAGAUAUGGUUCUUCAGCUUUGUUGGCAGGUCAAGGCAAUUUGAGGAAAUUGUUGGAAGAUUUUUUCUUUGAUUUCUAGCUAUGGCCAAUUAAUUUACAUAUGUGACAUAUGCUUAGAUGGAUUGAAGAUCAAGAACUACAUAUAUAUAUUGGUAUCAAUGUUAAAAGCAGUGGCAUCUUGGUUCUUGUUGAUUUGCUCACUCCUCUUAUGGGUAACUGUAUCUGCAACAACAACAGAUAAUGGAUUUCCAAGAUGCAACUGUGAUGAUGAAUCUAGCUUGUGGACUAUUGAGAGCAUUCUAGAAUGCCAGAGAGUUGGGGAUUUCUUGAUUGCUGUGGCAUACUUCUCAAUCCCCAUUGAGCUUCUUUACUUCAUAAGUUGCACAAAUGUUCCUUUCAAAUGGGUGCUUAUACAGUUCAUUGCCUUCAUUGUUCUUUGUGGAUUGACGCAUUUGUUGAAUGGGUGGACUUAUGGCCCUCACACUUUUCAGCUCAUGGUGGCGCUCACCGUCUUCAAGAUUCUCACAGCGUUGGUGUCGUGUGCCACGGCAAUUACACUUGUCACGCUGAUCCCUAUGCUUCUUAAGGUGAAGGUCAGGGAGUUCAUGCUGAAGAAAAAGACGUGGGAUCUUGGACGGGAGGUUGGUCUUAUAAUGAAGCAAAAGGAGGCUGCAAGCCAUGUGAGGAUGCUCACUCAGGAGAUUCGAAAGUCGCUUGAUAGGCAUACGAUUCUAUAUACCACUUUGGUGGAGCUUUCUAAGACACUCGGAUUGCAGACUUGUGCUGUGUGGAUGCCUAAUGUUGAGAAAACAGAGAUGAACCUUACUCAUGAAUUAAAUAGGAGGAAUUUUAAUUUUACUAUACCAAUUACUGAUCCGGACGUUGUAAAGAUUAAAGGAAGUGAUGGAGUGAAUAUACUUGGCCCUGACUCAGCACUUGCUGGUGCAAGUAGUGGUGUAAAUGGCGAGAUUGGACCGGUUGCUGCAAUCCGCAUGCCAAUGUUGCGAGUUUGUAAUUUCAAAGGAGGAACACCGGAGUUAACGCAGGCAUGUUAUGCAAUAUUGGUAUUGAUUCUUCCGAGUGGAGAGACUAGAUCUUGGAGCAAUCAAGAGCUGGAGAUAAUUAAGGUGGUUGCUGAUCAGGUUGCAGUGGCUUUAUCUCAUGCUGCAAUUCUGGAAGAGUCUCAGCUCAUGAGAGAGAAAUUGGAGGAACAAAAUCGCGCUUUGCAACAGGCGAAAAGGGAUGCUAUGAUGGCGAGCCAGGCAAGAAGCUCAUUUCAGAAAGUCAUGAGUGAUGGGAUGAGGAGGCCUAUGCACUCGAUUUUGGGAUUGCUUUCAAUGGUGCAAGACGAUAAUUUGAAGAGCGAACAGAAACUUAUCGUGGAUGCAAUGCUAAGGACGAGCAAUGUCUUAUCGAACUUGAUAAAUGAUGCCAUGGACAAUUCGGCAAAGGAUGAUGGGAGAUUCUCUUUGGAGAUAAGGUCUUUCAGAUUACAUUCGAUGAUAAAGGAAGCGGCUUGCCUUGCCAAGUGCAUGUGUGUCUAUAGAGGAUUUGGUUUUCUGGUCGAGGUCGAGAAGUCUUUGCCGGACAAUGUAAUGGGCGACGAGAGGAGGGUUUUUCAGGUAAUUUUGCACAUGGUUGGGAACCUUCUGGAUCAUAGCCAAAGGGAAGGAACUCUCGUACUUAGAGUUUUCGCCGAAACCGGAAGUCAGGGAAGGACUGACAAAGGGUGGACAAGUUGGAGACCAAGCUCAUCUAGUGGUGAUGUAAAUAUUAGAUUUGAGAUAGGGAUCAACAGUAGUGAUUCAGAAAUUGGGAGCUCGUUUUCUUCGGGAUUUGGAGUUAGGAAAUUUUCUAGUGAUAGGGUCGAGGGCCGAUUGAGCUUCAGCAUUUGCAAAAGGAUAGUUCAGCUGAUGCAAGGCAACAUAUGGUUGGUUCCGAAUUCUCAUGGUUAUCCUCAAAGCAUGGCCCUCGUUCUUCGGUUUCAAUUACGACCAUCAAUCAGCAUAGCCAUCUCGGAACCUGGAGAGUUUUCGGAGCGUCAUGGUUCCAAUUCUCUGUUGAGAGGUCUGCAAGUUCUAUUGGCCGACAACGACGAUGUAAAUAGGGCAGUGACCCAAAAGUUGCUUCAGAAAUUAGGCUGCAUUGUAGCCACCGUAUCCUCCGGAUUCGAAUGCCUUACUGCCAUCGGACCUGCCGGAACUUCUUUCCAAAUCAUUCUUUUGGAUCUUCACAUGCCUGACAUAGAUGGCUUUGAAGUCACCACGAGGAUUCGGAAGUUCAGGAGCCGAAACUGGCCGAUGAUCGUAGCGUUGACCGUGAAUAUGGGAGAUGAGUUGUGGGAGAAGUGCAUGCAGAUUGGUAUCAAUGGAGUUAUCCAAAAACCAGUUUUGUUGCAAGGAAUUGCAAGUGAGCUCAGAAGACUCAUAAUUCAGGGAAAUAAUGUCCUGUGAGAUUCUUCACAUUUUCAAGCAUCAAUGAAAUUUAUUAAGUUAUAUUCUGAAGGUAGAAAUUAGGUUUUGGGGGGUGGGGAUGAAGAAGAAAAAGAAAAAAAAAAAAAAACUCUUUGGCACUUUCUGUUAGCAAUGUUUCAACUUAGAAAUGUUAUACACAGUUUGGAAAUGAAGUAAAAGAAAA